AUGAAAACUACUUGGACAGAUCUCAUCGUGAAAACACAAAUCAGGACACUUGUGAUGCACGGCUGGUCAAAGAUUGAACACGACAUGACAUAUAAGCCACCUGAGCCACGGAUAAUUUCCGAGGGCCAAGUUUGCCUUCAUGACCUUAUCAGUAGUACCGUUACAACAGGCGAGCCAGCCUUGCGGCAACUUGAGGCAAUUACGGAAAGACGUCGCAAUCAGUACGCAAAAGACAAAGAAGCAUUUGCGAUGAGUGGCCAUGGAUUCGGAUGUUGGCUGGAAAAGUACGGAGUGGAGGCCAAUCAUGUAAAGAUUGAAGGUGAUUGGGAUUAUCUCACUCAGCUAUUCGCGAUCUUGAAACAUGCUCGAGAUCAUCAACUUGACAAGAUCCAGCAAAUUCUUGAAGCAAUCGAGUUCAAGGGAGCAAUCGCCGAUAUCCUUUUCGACCAUGCCCGUUUCUGGGCCACGCAGUCAAUGUAUAGCCUAGACAUGGUCGCAUUCCUCGGUGUUACGUGA